AUUAAUCUUUUUUAUUAAGAGAAUGAGUUAAAGCUGUAAGCAUUUCUACUUCAACUAUGGACUCAGAACGUAGUAUUGCUAAUGAGAGGCUUUACGAUACAACAAUGUACUCAGGUAGCACAUACCCUUUCUACAGAAAAUAUUCCAUGGUUUUAGUUACCUAUGGACUAAUUGCAUUUUUAUACAUACUGAUUCUGGCUCUUUUCAUAAUUAUCUUAUCCAAAUCUAAGCCUGAUGGUUUGGAGACAAACAUAAACAUCCAGAGAGAAAUCAGUGCUUUCCGAAACCACCUUUCUCAGCUUACAUCAAAGCUGAAUCAAAUGGAAGGCAUUUCAUAUAAGGCAGCCUGUGAAACCUCCUGGAUUCAAUUUAACGACAGCUGCUACCAGAUCAUUACCAAAAGAUCUAACUGGAUCAAUGCCCGGGCACUGUGCUUAGGAAAGGGAAGUGACCUUGUUGUAAUCACAAGUCAAGAGGAGCAGAAUUUCCUAAUGUCUAAUACUCUCUUUAAGAAUGACCGUUUUUGGAUAGGUUUAAGUAUAGACAUAGGAAAGCAAUGGCAAUGGGUGGAUGCAACAAACUACGGAGCAUCAUACAAAUCUUGGAAGAAGGGAGAGCCAAGAAGUGAUCGUGGAGGUUUUACUAAAAAUUGUGCCUUCUCAUGGACUAAUAGCGAGUGGGAUACUGUUCAAUGCGCCUUUGAUAAGUGUUUUGCCAUAUGUGAAAAAAAGCUUGGUUAACCAAAUAUGCAAUCUAUUUUUUCUCAUUUCAUAAUUUCAACAACUAUGUAAUGUAAUCUAAUUACAAAUACCAGUAUCAAAAGAAAAAUAAUUUACAGUU